AUGGACGAGGAAAAAGUAGUAAAGAGGGUUGCAGAGGUGCGAGACUUUGACCAAAUCACUGCCUUUCUUGGAUCGUGGGGGCCCUACCAGCGAUUGGUGUUCCUGGCUCUGGCCAUCAGCAUCCUUCCAAACGGCUUUGUAGGCAUCUACAUAGUGUUUGUAGGUGACACCCCUCCUCAUGAAUGCUACAUACCUGAGGAGUUCAACAUCAGUGAGGUGUGGAGGAACGUGACCAUCCCUCUAGUGACUGUAGAUGGGGUGACAAAGCAGAGCUCUUGCUCCAGGUUAAAUCUGGACAUAGUCAGGAACUACUCCAGUCAGAAUAGUCUGCCAGAUGUACACAUUAACCUGAGUAACAUUCCACUGGAGAGCUGUCUGGAUGGAUGGAAGUACAGCAGAGAUAUAUACCUGUCAACUAUCGUCACAGAGUGGGACCUGGUGUGUGACAACGCAUUUAAGGAGCCUCUGACGUCCUCCAUCUAUUUCAUGGGUGUCCUGGUGGGGACAUUCAUCUCUGGCCAACUGUCUGACAGAUUUGGUCGGCGGCCCGUGCUCUUCGUAAUGAUGGUUCUGCAGACGCUUGCUAUCCUCGCACAAGUCUUUUCCCCCAGCUGGGAGGUCUUCUCCGCUAUCUUCUUCUUUGUUGGUUUUGGAGGGUUUUCCAACUACGUGGUGGCUUACGUUCUAGGCUCUGAGAUCCUCAGUCCCAGGAUUCGGGUAAUGUUCUGUUCCCUGGGGGUGUUUAUGGGCUCUGGGAUUGGCCAGAUGGCCAUGCCUUGUGCCGCCUACUUCCUCAGGGACUGGCGGAGCCUGGUGCUGUCCAUGGCUGUCUCUGGAGUAAUCUACAUACCCCUCUGGUGGUUCAUCCCAGAGUCCCCCCGGUGGCUGCUCUCUCAGGGCAGAGUGGAGGAAGCUGAGGCCAUACUGAGGAGAGCUGCCAGACAGAACAAGGUGGACGCUCCUGAUGUCAUCUUCUCUCCAACAGAGGUUGCAGAUGCUCACGAGCGGCAGCAGAAGAAACACAACUUCCUGGAUAUCCUGCAUAGCUGCAACAUGGUUUCCAUCAUCAGCAUCUGCUCUCUGCUGUGGAUGGUUAUUACCAUGGCCUACUACGCACUACUCCUUAACACCAACAACCUGCAUGGAGACCCUUAUGUCAACUUCCUCCUAUCUGCUGUGGUCGAGCUUCCUGCUUACAUCAUUGCCAUGCUGCUGUUGAGGUACUGCCCACGCAGAUUCUGUCAGUCUUCCACCCUGUUCCUAGGGGGCGCCAUCAUCCUCUUCAUUCAGCUGGUGCCUGCAGACCUCCCGGCAGUGGCCAUCUUCCUGGAGAUGGUGGGGAAGUUCGGCAUCACAUCUGCAUUCUGCGUGGUGUACGCUGUCACGUCCGAGCUGUUCCCCACUGUGGUGAGGACUACGUCCAUGGGGACCUGCUCCAUGGCUGCCCGCAUCGGCACCAUCAUCUCCCCCUUUGUCGUCUACCUGGGUAAGUACUAUAAGUACCUGCCCUAUAUCCUGAUAGGCAGCCUGGCAGUGGUAUCUGGCCUGCUGUGUUUUGUGCUCCCCGAGACCUUUGGCAUGGUCCUCCCUGAGACACUUCCCCAGAUGCCAAGGCUGAGAGGGUUGAAACACAGAAAGAGGUCCAUAAAGAAUGAUUCUCCCAAAGAAGUGAAGGAGGACCGAUUCUGAUUUGAUUUUGUAAUGAAGUGACAAAAAUCAUUUUUUCAUUCUUUCCUUGAGGGUUUAGGUUGGUUGAGGGGUAGUUCUAUGGGAGUAUGUGAAGCCCAUGCUUGCGUGUAAAAAGGGCUAUAGAAAUAAAUGUUGAUUUGAUUUGAUGAAGUCAUGUUUUUUAAUGUCUUUAUUAUCAUAGGCACCCAGGAGUACAAGAUUCUCUGAAACGUAGUCUGGGUCAGUAAGCGUGAAGAAACCAGACAGUAUGGCCAGAAACCCUAUUAUAGGGUGGCCAUCGGCCAGAGAGGGCCAGUGGUUAAUUUAAGGUGGCCGAUAGGUCUGGUGGUUAUUUUGGGGUGGCCAAAAGGGCCAAAUGUUUUUUUUGGGUGGCACAUUCACAUAAUUUACUUUCUAACAUAUGUCUAUUGUCAAUGUCUAUUUCUGUGAGAGUACAUUGAGAACAAUGCGAAAACCGGAGACACAUUCCUUGUAUGUGUACACAUAUUUGGCCAAUAAAGCUGAUUCUGAUUCUCAUUUACAUUAUUAGCUUCGGAGAUCGCCAGAGAUUAGAACAGGACAUGGGAGCAAAAGUUUCAAUUACUCAUUCAAUGGCUCCAUGAUCCUGGAAUUCUCUCUUGAAUCACAGUUAGACAGUUGGUUGAUGUUAAUAUCAUGGAAGAAUAUAAUUGCCUCUAGGACAGCUGUUUUUAAUAAUCAUUGUGUUUUUUCUAUGCACUAUAUAUUCAUGUAAAUAUGUGUACCUGUUUUGUUUAUGUUAAUGUCGUUUGUCUGAAAAUCUUUUCCCCCUACUGCAGCACUGGUCUCUUGUUCAAGUUUGUGUUAAUGUAGUUUGUCUGAAAAUCUUUUCCCCCUACUGCAGAACCGGUCUCUUGACAAAGAAUUCUAUCUCAACAAGAAUUAACUGAAUGAAUAAAAAUCCAUUAAAAAAUUGUUCUACUGAGAAAAGUUUUUCAGUCAGUGGAGUUGCCAAGCUUCAUGACGGGGUAUCGUCUGGGUAAGCUCAUAAAACCAGAUGGAGGUGUCUCAAGUGACUUGAUGAAGUCGGUUUAGGCAGAAUCUAUAGUAACUUUGACGUGACUAAAGAAUUCAGUUAUUUGUUUGAUGCAUAUAAACAGCUUUGUGAUAUUGCUACGUGUAAUAUGCAAUCAUGAAUUACAUAACAUAAUUACCGAUUAUAACAACUAUCUACAUUAUGUAUAAUUAGGCCACUCUAUUAUUUAGUAAGGAUGCACCGAUACCGAUAGUAUCGGCCCGAUACCAAGCUCAAGUACUUGUAUUCGUAAAAAUACCCCCGAUACCAAAGACCGAUACCUCAA